CCGUGACUUUCAAGCUUCAUCGACAUCCUUGACUGCCAAACUCUAAUACAAAUUCACAUACCAUGUACCCCCGGUGACCUGGUCAAUAUUCACUGCUUGUCAAUACUCAAUGGUCACAAAUUCUCAGGAUAUCCCUGCACAACCUCCACAAGCAGACAAGGAUGAUUCAUCUUUGAGCGCUCAUCUCUGGUUUCCAGAGCCAGAAGCUCAAGAACAAGCUAUUGCCAUACCUCAGGCAUCUAAUUCAUCUUCACAAUUAAGGGAUCGUUUGUAUAUUGGAAAUCUGCAUCCUACUGUCGAUGAAUAUGCGCUUCUACAGAUCUUCACCAAGUUCGGCAAAGUAUCGAAACUUGACUUCCUCUUUCACAAGACGGGGCCAAACAAAGGAAAACCACGUGGAUAUGCCUUCAUACAAUAUUUGCACGAAAGUGAUGCCCAGACGGCAUUGGAAAACAUCAAUGGGAGGCUAUUGCGGGGUCGUAAGCUGGCUGUCACUUUUGCUUAUCAAGCUCCGCUCGAACAGCCCAGUGGAAGUCGACAAGUGGGUAGGGCGAGAAGAAUUGAUGCGCGACCGACUACUCUGAGUAUGAUAAAAAGUGGAAUCCAUACUCGGUCAGAAGGUACGGAUAACAAGAUUGCGACGAUGGAGGCAAAGUUACGCCAGAUGGAAUCAAGCACCACCGAUUCGUUUAAUUCGUUGCCACCAAAACCACCGCCAUCGGCUGCGUUAUUAAGUUCGGCCUCAAGGCAGUGUCUUGGUUUGAAGGGUUCUCUCUCUUCGAGAAAUCCCGCAGGCCCAACCGUUCGGCGUCUUACCGCCCGCGUAGAACCUAUUACUCAUCCAGGGCUUUCUGCGGACAAUAAUAGCACACCUUCAGCAUCGCUACCGACACUCAAUACUCAACCAGAGGUCGCCAAGCCAUCCAUGUCGUGUAGACGCAUAUUACCUGGUGUGAAGAUCAUCAAAGAACGUAGUAAAUGAAGGUAAUGCUCGGCAUCACACCUCCAUUAUACUGACAACGAUCUUCGCCAGACCUCUACAGUUGACACCUGCCACUGAGAUCGUUCCGAUGGUACAAAGCCUUUCUCACAAAAUUCGUCAACAUCUUAGCGCACUUCCGAGUUGUCAUGAUGUAGUUUCGUAUGAAAUAUACCAUCAGCACGGUCUGAGAGUUCUCAUGGGUGUGUUCCACAAUGACACUUUACACACCGACUAGGUGCCUCC